CCUACGGUCAUACUAAAAUUUUCUAUUUUGCAAUAAAAUAAAAUGGGAGAAGUAAAACCCGCUAAAGUGGAAAACUAUAGCACGGGGACUGAUGCAAACACGUUGUUUGUCGAUGGGGAACGGGUUCUGUGCUUCCAUGGACCGCUCAUUUACGAAGCGAAGGUUCUAAAAACAAAGCCCGAUGCGACGCCGGUAGAGUACUACAUCCACUACGCGGGUUGGAGCAAAAACUGGGACGAAUGGGUGCCUGAGAGCCGAGUGCUGAAGUAUAACGAUGACAACGUCAAACGCCGACAAGAGCUGGCGCGUCAAUGCGGCGAGCGUUCCAAGAAGGACAAUAAGAAAGGUAGCGCCAAGGCCAAGAAAAUGGAGCAGAUGCGCAAUGAAUCUCGUGCCUCCACACCCUCUAAAGACAGUAACACCUCACAAUCGACCGCCAGUAGCAUACCGACAACCAGUGCAGGGCCAGGCAACAAAUCAGAUGCCGGGAGCACCAGCAGCACAACCACGAACAGCACAAGCGCUACGACGACCAGCCGGCCUAACCGCAAGUCCACGCAAUCGGCGGUGGCCACCGCAAGACCAAGCACGCCCAGCGAGAAAAAGGAGGAUGCCAACGCCGCUGAGACUACAGAAGACGAGGCGGUCACCCCAGUGGCGCCGAAGAAAAAAAGGAUGAGCGAACAGAGACCUUCACUUACAGGAAGUGAUGUGGCAGACAAGGCACCGGCGCCUACCACCACCCCAUCCACACCCACCACGGAGCCCGCACCAUGUGUGGAGAGCGAAGAGGCCUACGCCGCAAAGCUAGAAGUCAAAAUCAAGAUACCUGACGAACUGAAGCACUAUCUAACCGACGAUUGGUAUGCAGUCGUGCGGGAGCACAAGCUGCUAGAGCUUCCCGCCAAAGUGACUGUGCAGCAGAUCUCCGAGCAGUAUUUGGCACACAAGAAGUCUGUCAAAUCGACCAACGCCACCAAGGAGGUUGCCAUAAACGAUGUACUCGAUGGAAUUAUUGAGUACUUUAAUGUAAUGUUAGGAUCCCAGUUGCUGUACAAAUUUGAACGCACACAGUACGCGGAUGUGAUGCAGAAACAUCCAGAUACACCCUUGUCCGAGCUCUACGGAUCCUUUCACCUACUCCGCUUGUUUGUACGGCUGGGCUCUAUGCUCAGCUAUUCAGCGUUGGAUCAGCAGGCCAUGCAAAAUCUGCUUGUUCACCUACAGGAUUUUCUUAAGUUUCUGGUGAAAAAUAGCGCUAUGUUCUUCAGCAUGAGCAACUUCAUCAACGUGGACCCCGAGUACGUGCGAAAUGCACAGUAAGCAAUCAUUUCUCUUUGACUAGAAGUAAAUAUUUCAUCCAAAUAGUUUGCAAUAAUUCUAUAGUUGCUUCUAACAACUGGUUUGUAUAUUAAAACACACGUAAACAUUUUUUGUAAUAAGCUAAUGGUAAUGCUAAUAAAAUGUCAGCACCUUGUAAAGAUCA